UGCACAGUUAAACUAAUCGUCUGACAGCACGAUCCAAGCGGUUUUAACGAUUAAUCCUAAGCUAGACCUGAGUCCUUUUGUUGUUGCUGUUUUUCGAUAAAAAAUCCUCAAAGACAAAAUGGAGAAAGAUGAAACUGAUAAAAGUAAUAAUGGGAGACAGCCUGAUAAAAGGAAAGCGGAAGAGGAGAACCCUAACGAACAGCCAGUAAAAAAAAGCUGCGAGGUUCCAGAAACUGAAGCUGAGCUGGAAUGUGCACGGAUUAUAACGUGGAUCUAUAAGACCUUUCAAGAUUAUUUCUUGGAGGUGUAUGAGAUCAACGGAUGGGAAAUAAUGAAAGUAGGAGUGGCUAUGUUGGAGGUGCUGAAGGAAAAGUCUCGGAGUAAAAUUUUGUUGAAGGUGAUAGCUCAUGCAAGUCAGGACCAAAUCGUGGCCAUUAAGGAAGAGGUCUACCGUUGGAUGAUUGAGAUUUUUCCCGAGAAACGCAACUCCGCCAAGUGGUUGUGCCCUUCCAUGGCAGAUGAUGCACCUGCUGUUGACCCUCCCGUGCCCUUAGUAGAGCUGAGCCAGGACACGCCAGAACAAAAGGAUUUAUUGAAACAAGAUAUCCGUAAGAAAACCGAGGCCAUUCAAAUGAUGCUGUCUGUGCAGUUGAGUGUUAUGAAUGGUCUGGUGCAAUCCUUACAAAACCGUGAACCCAGUGCUGAGUGAGGAAACUGCUUUAGAUUGGAGAAGAUGAGAUGAAUAAAUUUAUUGUUAAUUUUUGUUACAAA